AUGCCUGCAGAUUCCGACAGGGCGGUUUACAGCGAUAGUUCUAUGCAUGGAGGCACCAUCGACGUCGAAGAUGGCCUCCCUGCGUUUACAACAGGACAAUCACCAAAUAGAAAAUAUUGCGCACACAUUGUCGAUGAAAACGGAAGCCCCACGUACCCACAAACGUUACCGUCCAGUGAUCCGUUUGAUUUUAGAGGUGCAGAACAGCAGUACGAUAUAUUCUCUAAAGAUUCGCCCGCACAAGCUAAACGGACAGAGAGGAAAAUGACAGCUAGCCGGCCACUAAGGCCCCACCGCAAAGUUGUGUUCAAAUUGUGA